AUGAAGGAAGGAAUGAAUUCCAAAACUUCAUCAUCCAAAAUCAAAGCAGAUAAAAUUAAACCACUUGCAACACCAAAACCUCUAACGACAGUACCUGCAACACCAAAACCGCCUCCUCCUUCAGUUAAUCCUUCAUCAUUCACUUUAUUAUAUCCAUUUCAAACAUUAAAGAAACAAAAAGAUUUUAAAAAGGAUUUCAAGAUAUUAAAUAAACCAAUUGACCCAAAAAUUCAACCGUUAAAGGAAAAAUUUGGUCGCCCUUCAUUUGCACCAUAUCCAUAUUCAUAUGAAAUCGAUCAUUUAGAAUAUUCAAAAGGAAACGUUACUUAUUUAUUUGCCAUUAACAUUAACACCAGAUAUUUAUAUUGCAUUCCAGUGAAAGGGAAAACAGAACAGGAAACAAGAAGAGCUAUUCAAUACUUACUAGAUCAUGAAAGAGUAGAUAAUAUCAGGGGUGAUGGUGAUAAAGGAUUUCAGGCAGCUAUGACUCAUUAUUUCCCACAAAUUAAUUUUUACUUUUCAUCCUCUCCAUAUACGUUUCAUAAUAAAAUAGUUGAUGCGGUAAUGAGAACUCUUAGAGAUGCGUUAGGGGUUAACGGUCAGAUAUACUGGGAUGGAAAUCAUGACUCCAUCAUACAGCAGUUAGUAUAUUAUUACAAUAAUACAUGGCAUAGAACAAUAAACAUGAAACCGGUGGAAAUGAAAAAUGAUAUUUCAAAAGAAUGGGAAUAUAUUAGAAAGCAAAUGGAAAGGUUGAAUGAUGUUAAACGUGAACAAAUUAAUUCGGGGCUCAUGAAUUUUAAACAAGGGGAUAAAGUUUUGAUUCAUCUCGAUUAUGGAAAAACUGAUAAAUCAAUGACAAAAAGAAGACGAAGAUUUGACACAAUAGCUGAAUUUGUUAGAUAUAUUAACGGCAAUGCAUUAGUUGAGGUUAACAAUAAAUUAAUAGAAAUUCCGAUUUAUUUUAUUACUCCAUUAUAUUUAAAUAAUAUUUAA